AUGCAGUCCUUCCGUGAGCGCAGCGGUGGUUACCACAGCAACCAACCCUGCUACCAGCAGGAGCCCCAUGAAUUAUCCCGCCUGGAGACCUACCGGCAACACCCACAUCAUCCCCACCCACAGCACCCACACCCAGGCCCCGGUCCACAUCCAGGUCCAGGCCCAGGGCACACCAGGUCAGGCUAUGAGGCUCAUUCACUGGCAAACCCCACAAGCAUGCCUCCAGCUGGAGGACCAGGAACUGGAGGAGGACCCAAGGACUGUUACAGCCAGCAAGCCUACGCUGGUUAUCCAGGCAAUGGUGGAGGGAAUGGGAGCGGAAAUGGGGGCACAGCAUCCACACAGGCAAAGAAAUCCUUCAGAGGAAGCAAAGUGCCCCCACCAAACCCCAAUCAGCACCUGCAAGGCCCUGGGGGCUAUGGUAACCAUAUGGCCCCCGGGAAUUACUCAGCCCAGUAUAUGAGCGAGGGCCACCUACAGCAGAAGUGGGAGGACCCAGCCCAGUUAGCACAGUACGACCAAGAGAUGGUGGGGCGUAUCGAGGCUGGUGGCACCCCUGCACCUGGCUCCACCCAGUACAUGGACCAGAACAUGCUGGGCCACUCCCAGACCCAGUGUCACCAGCCUUCCACCCCUGCCUAUACCAGCCCCCACCACCAGUCCCAUCCUCCUAACCCUACCUCCUCCUCUCUCAUGUACCCCCAGAGUCACCUGCACUACCCCCAGCAUUCACCUUCUCCUUCACCAUACAUGGAAAAGUGCAGCCCUAUGCCCCACUGUUAUAAAGGUUACAACAUGCCUCCGAAUUCCCAGUAUGGUAGACAAAUGAGCAGCCACAGCAAUCUGAAGCAGGGGGGUUACAGGUCGAGCCAGAACAGUUACGGCUACCAGCAGCCUCCCUCCAGAGGUUAUGAGCAGCAGGCUCCUUUACAGGCAAUGGCCAAUCCCCAGGAGCCCCACCCUAAAUACCAACACUACAGCCAACCCCAACAAAACUACUGUCUCUCAGAGCUGUCUGUCAGAUCACCAGAACAGUAUUAUCAGACUUGUAGCCCCUCCUCAGGCCACUCCCCUGCACGCUCUGUAGGGCGUUCACCCUCAUACAGCUCUACACCUUCACCACUAAUGACCAAUCCAGAGUCCUUCCAGUAUGGCCAACCUCCCAUGACCCCUGGGGCAGCCUCCUCCUCUUCAUCCUCUUCAGCUGGUAUGCAGGAGCAAGCCAGCACCAACACAAUGUUGAUGCCCCCACGCUCACACGCCUCACCCAAUGUGCCCCAUGCAGCCCCACACAGCUACACCUCUACACCGCAGGUCCCCACCAUGAAAGAGCGCUUCUCAGAGAAACUGCUGUCAAACCCCAGCUUGUGGAGCCUGAAUGCCCUCACCUCUCAGGUAGAAAACAUCUCUAAUAAUGUCCAGCAGCUGCUGCUUUCAGAGGCCCUGGUGGCCAACAAGAAAGCUGGUAAACGCACAUCUUCCAAAAAGGGUGAGGAGUACAAAAGUCCUCCUUAUCCAGAUGGUGGUGGUGGUGUCGGAGGCCCCAUGCAGGACCCUUACUCUACUCCACAGCACCAGCCAAUGCCCAUGGAACUUCAUGAGGGAGGCUAUUCUAGCAGUAGUGAUGAACAGCUGGAGAGGGGCUACUACUUCUGUGGCCAGGGCCGAAGUCCAGCACAGGCCCCUACCAACACACAACUCAGCCUGGACACAGCCUCGUCAUGCUCCAUGACAUCUCCAGAUGAUAUGUCCACCAGAUCUGGGGACUCAGGUCUGCACAACCUUACUCCUGAUCCUACUAGAUGUCAAUCAGGGCAGGGAGGAGAUGGCAUGAGUACUCCAGUGAAGAGCAUUGGUGACGAGAGGUCUCCCACAAGCAUCACAGUCCCCAGUCCAAUGAAACAAGAAAGGGACUCCCCUUCAGAUAUACAGCAUAUCAAUGAGCCUGUGAAAGAGAACUUUGAAGAAUCAGCCUGGACAGAGAAAUCAGCUGACAAAGAGGAAGUGAUGACAGAAAAAACUCCUGACUGUGACAGAGAUUCAGACACAACUAAAUCUACAGACAAGCUGGAGAAAUGGACAGAUAAAGAGAAACGCCCCUCUCUCUACAGCAAAGUAAACAAAGAGGUGACAGAAAAAAGUUAUUGCUAUGAGGAGUCAGUGUACCAAGGGGUCCAGAGCAAAUAUGACCCUGAUGCAAGAGACUCAGUUCAUCAGUCCCCAGCAGCUCUCUCUGACUCCAGCCACAAGGAACACUUUGGCCAAGAGGUGAAAUCAGAGGCAUUCAAAUCUGAGUCUCCAACUGCUUCUGAGAGCUCAGUGAAAACAUUGCCUUUCAUUUCUAGGGGUGACCUUGAACAAGAUCAAUACUCCACAGAGAAAGAGGACAGCUCAGAGAACACCUCUCCAACCCCACAGGUUGAGGCCCUGGAUGAGAAGGUUAGGGAGGAAUUGGGGGAGGGGGAGAAAGGGAGCCAGUCAUCGACUGAGGAGCACAUAAAUAAUAUAGACCGGCCAGAGAAGCCUCCUGGAGAUCUCUGCAGCAGGACAGAGAGUCAGAGUACUGAGCUCCACACUGACAAUGAGUUUGCAGGGGCACCUGCCCAUCCAAAUGCAGCUGCAGCAACAGCAGCUGCAGAUGCUUCUGCAAGGGAGUCAGCCAUUGGUGACACUGCUCCUCAGCCCCAGUCUGCUAUGCCAGUCUUCUCAGCUCUCAAUGACAAGGCGACACCUCCAGCUCAGGCCAGAGAUCAUAUUGAUCACAGUGAUGCUAAAGUGCUGGAGCCAGACUCUCCUCAGCUGCCAGGGAAGUCAAUACUUCCCUCAGCCCCCUCCUGGGCAGACACUCCACCCUCCCCAAAAAAAGGUGAUGAGGACAUGGAGCCAGGCAUCAGCUGCGCUAGUGCUGUGACCCCCUUGGCCAAGCCAGAGCCUGUGGCCCCAUCUGCUCAGCCGAGGGCUUUUGGACGUAAGCAUGCCAGGGGCAGAAGGAGAAUCAUGCAUUCAGGUGUGGGAAUCAGGCGACAGCUAAGUUUGGAGAGGGAGGGUGAGAAGGAAGAAGAAGGAGCCCCCUUACCUACACAGAAACCCUGCAUGCCUCCAAGCAAAACUGUGCUAUUUUCAGAUCAAAUGGACCUAGCUCAUCAGGAAUCUAUUGUGAGCCAGACUCCCAAAAUGGUAACUGAUGGUUUUCGUUCAAGAAUGUGCACUCGCUCAUUCAAUGCACCAGACAUGCCACCAAAAGUUGAGCCUCAUGUGAAGAGAAAACCAGGCCCAAAACCAGGUUCAAAGCCUGGGCCCAAACCAGGGCCAAAACCUGGACCAAAACCAGGGCCAAAACCAGGAGCAAAGCCAGGGCCAAAACCAGGGCCUAAACCUGGGCUAAAGCCUGGACCAAAGCCCGGGCCAAAACCUGUACCUAAACCAGGUCCUAAACCAGGACCAAAACCUGUGCCAAAUGAACCAGAGCUGCCACUGAAAAUUGAGACUCCUGUGAAACGAAAACCAGGACCCAAACCAGGUUCAAAACCUGGACCAAAAUCUGGGCCAAAACCUGGACCAAAACCAGCUCUAAAGUCAGGUCCAAAACCAGGACAUAAGCCUGGAACCAAGCCUGCAGAUGUUUUGCCCCCCACCGACACUGCACUGAUCAAAGCUCCAGUAGGUCGUCCAAAAGGCUCAGUUUCUAAAGCAAAGCUGGUACAACAAGAAGAAAUCAUUCAACCUUUGACAGGACUGCAAAGCAGGGGCAGGAAGAGCCUAAAAGCUACAUUAUCACAAGUAAACCAGGAUGUAAAACCAGUAAACCAGGAGGAGAAACAAGCAAACCAUGAGGUAAAGGCACCAGAGAAGGAAGGUAAGAACAUGGUCUUAAGAUCCAGAAAACCCUCGCAAGAAAAACUGUCAAAAGAAAAGGAAAAAAUCAUAGGAGAAGAUAUUCUACCACAGACGCUAGCAGAAAUUAAAACCAUUGAUGUUUCUCCAAAAGUAGAAGAGCCUGUAACUGUGGAACAAAUUCAAACUCCCAUUCCUAAUGCAGUCAAAAACACAGAUGUUCCAGCAGACCCAGCUGCACCACUUGCCCCAUCAGUCCUUACUGAACAAUCUGAAGAAAAGACAUCGUUUCCACUAAAAAGGAAACCUAGCCCAGAAAUUUCCAGUGCACCUGUAAAGAAAAAGAGGGGUCCCAAGCCCAAAGCGAAACCUUUACCACCUCAACCCCAGCUGGAACAGCAUGUCUCUACACCUAAAGAGAAGGCUGUCCGUGGCCCCAGAAGAAAGCGAGGGCCACCCAAGAAAGCUUCUGUGGUCACUCCCCAAACCAAAGACACUGCUCCCAACAUCAGUGAAUCUGACAUCACUAGUGAUGUGCCUGUGGUGCCACCUCAGUGCCCCACUAAAACAAAGGUUCUCCCACCACGAAAAGGCAGAGGACAGAAAUAUGAGGCCAUGGUGCAGAAAAUUACAUCUCCCAGCUCAAAGAAACACCUCCCAAUUCCCCAGAUAGACAACAGUCUAACUGAUGAUGUUACAACCAAGGCUUUGUCUCAACAUGUCUUAAAAGAAGGUGAGACGUCUCUGCUUGUAAAUAGCACUGAGAUGAUAGAGGGAGAAGUGAAAGAGUCUAGACAAGAAGGAGUGAAACAACAUGAAAGAGCACUAAGAAAAGAGGAGGUGACACAAGGAAGAGAAAAGCAUGAGGUGAGUCAAGUGGCGUCAGCACCAGACAAGGUGAGACAUGGGAUGAAAGAAGUUGUAAAUAAGGAGGAAAACAUUAAACCAGAGAUACAGCAGGAUGGCAGAGGUGGCAAGGUUUGGAGCUCAGUGGAGGUCCCAGUGGAAGUCAGGGCUACAGGAGGGUGGACACAACAAACUUCAGAAGGUGUAUCUACCACUGUCUCUAAGUCCUCCAGAACUAAAAGGAAGAGAUGGGCUAUGGUGGAGAGUACAGAUGCCUCUGUAGUAGCAUUGGAGGCAGGGAGUCUAAUAGUUACAACACCUAGGCUAGCCAAGCAGAGGGCCAUUAAAAACAACCAUGAGAUGCAUCUGAAACAGAGGAGGAAGAAGAGAAAAGGCCAAGCACCUCUGGAGGAGACAGAGCCAGUUGAGGAGACAAAUAUUGAAACAGCAGAACAACAACAGGAGAGGGUAGAAGAGAAGGUAUCCCCAUCAGAGUCCACAGUACCUCUACCAAUCAGCCCAGUUGAGAUCACAGAAGCCCCCCAGGUUACCAGCACAGAACUCAUCCAGAAACCUAGGAGAGGCAGAAAACCAUCAGCAAACCCUUCCAAGAGGAAACGAGGCAAAGCCCCAUCAGAGCAGAUUCCUGGCAUGCCAGUGAAAGUCCACAAAAAGCCUGGGCCAAAACCUGGGAUGAAAGACGCCAUGGAGGUUAUUGAGGCAGUAGUAAGGGCUGCAGGAUGUGAACAGGCUGAAAAAGAAGUAAAGGAAAAGGAGGAAAAGGAAAGAGAGAAUGAAGAAAAAGAGAAGACGUGUAUUGUGGGUCCUGUUGUGACAAUAUCACAAUCAGAAAAACAGACUGAGACAAUUUCUGUGAAAAGAAUCAGGCGCAGACCUGUACAUCAAAAUUCUAAACUGUCUUUCUGUCCUUACGUACGGAUAAACAACUCCAGAGAUUUUUCCUCUUGGUGCGCCAUAGUGAACAAGCCUGAGGACGCAGUAAUAUUUCAGAGACGUAGAAAAAAGGGCAUACUCAGAAUGAGGAAUCCUUUCACGGUUGCAAAGGUAGUACCACACACUGCUGCCAUGCUACAGGGACCUUUGGUUAAUAAAACUCUAAUUGACAGGUGUCUUACAUGCUCCUUAUGUGGAAAGCCAGCAAACUACAGAGACCUAGGCGAUUUGUGUGGACCCUACUACACAGAGGAUGGCGUUCCACGGAAAAUCUUGACGAUCAGGCACACAGAAUCCCUCAGGGAAGAGUCAGAGAAGAGCAAUGACAGCAACUGUAGCAGCAGUGACAAACCAGGCAACUGCUCAAAGAAUGAGGGUGAGGGCAGCACAGAAAAGGAGGGCAACACAGAAGCAUCCACUCAAGAGGGCAGUAGUAGCAGGCACCAUCACUGGCGCUACCGACGGGCGGAAAGAACAGAAAGAACGGGUCGGGAGGGUGGUUCCCGAAGAUUAACUCUCCGAGAGAGAUUCAGGAGGAUGAAACAGCUCCAGGCCAUCAGCACAGGGGCCUUGAGUGACCAGGAGGGCAAUGACAGCGUGUUCCGAAGGCUACAAGUGGAGGCAGAGGCCAAGGAGCACUGGGCCCAUGAAAACUGUGCCAUCUGGACCAAGGGGGUAAUUAUGGUCGCUGGGAGGCUAUACGGACUGAAGGAGGCUGCCAACAACUCAGCCCAAACGAGUUGCUACAAGUGCCAGAUUGUGGGGGCGUCCCUCAGCUGCUGUUGGAGAGGCUGCUCUCAUAAAUACCACUAUGUCUGCGCCAAAGAGAUAGGCUGCACAUUCCACGAGGAUGACUUUUCCAUCAAAUGUCCUAAACAUGAGGACCUGUAAGAUAUUCCAGUGUACCACCUCCACCACCACCACCACCACCACCACCACCUCUCAGCCAGGCAAGCACCACCUAUCCACCAAUCCAGCAAAAGGAAAAUGCCGUCCUAACAGCCACCUAUACUUAAUUAAAAAAAACACGGUGAUGACUGAUGAUGGACAGGCACAUCGGCCAGUGGGGCUGGGGGGAGGGUAAAAGGCUGCGCUGAGGUGGAGCUGGGAGCAAUACAACCCACGGAGAACAGCUCCGCAGAGAAUAGCUGCUCCCUGAACCCGGCCUGGAAAUGUGUUUUCUCAACUGAGCUCCUUACUGGAAGGCAGAAGGCCACGGCACUGUUUAACUGGAGGACAGACUGCGCUCUAGAGACUGUGUGCCUGUGGGCCUAGUGCACAGGGGGCUGUUUGAAAUGCAGAGUGAGGAAUGUGUACGUGUGCGUGUGAGUGUGUGUGUGUGUGUGUGUGUGUGUUCUGCCCCUCGGAUAGGUUGCUAUCAUAUUCAGACACCUGGCGGACACUGAUUGGACAGGAGCAGCCCUUUGGCCAACUUGUCUGUGGGCCAAGAGGCGUGUAUCCGUAUGAGCGUGCGUGUGUCCGUGUGUGAGUGUGAUAAUCAUAAAACUGUCAUCCUACAGCCACAUCAUCAGUGUGUUUGUGCAUAUGUGUCUGUGUGAGUGAAGAAGUGCAUCUCCAAAUUCAAGAUGUCAUGCAUCAAAAAAAGCAGCAGCCAACCACUGGAUGUACUAUCUCAAUGUGUGCGUUUGUGUUUAAAACAAGAGACAAAAUGAAACAAAAAAGGAAACUGUACAUGAUGAUGUGCUUUACAGGUUCUAAAUAUUCUGAUAUUGAAGAGUUAAGAAAAAAAUGGACGCAGUAUUUUAAUAUAAUGCUCUUAUCUUCGGAGAUGUAUUUUGAUGUGCAUUAUGACUAUACGACAUCAUUGCGUCACCCUUGGUAUAUGUCAGGCUUUGUGUUAUUCAGAGAUUAAAA